UUUUGUUUUCUUUUUUCGUAUUUGUAAUAGGUGCACACUGUUCGGACAAUUGAGAAAUAUAAAAAAAAUAAAUUAAAUAGCAUUUUGUGUAAAACGAGGCAAACCAGCAGCUUAAAUGGCCAGUCGUGGUGGCACAACAAUAAUCACAGCCACGACUGGCGUCAUACACACUGCUGUGACAUCGACGACGGCAGCGCUGCAAACGAUUACCAACGUGCUCACCGUUAGCUCUGUGCACUCGAGCAACAGUAACAACAACAACGUGAACAUUUCUAAUAACACCAACAACAGCAGCAGCGGAGGAGCUGCUGCUGCACAUGAUGGACAUGCCAACGAUGCCGCUGCCGCAGGUGCUGCUGCCGAUAAUGGCAAACCGAUGUAUCCGCGUUUGUUUAACAAAAUCGUAUUGACGCUGGAGAAUAGCUUGAUACCCGAGGAGAAAAUCGAUGUGACACCGUCGAGUCAGGAUGGCUUGGAUCAUGAGACGGAGAAGGACUUGCGCAUACUGGGCUGUGAGCUAAUACAAACGGCUGGCAUACUGUUGCGUCUGCCACAAGUGGCAAUGGCAACGGGUCAAGUGUUAUUCCAGCGAUUCUUCUACUCCAAGAGCUUUGUGCGUCACAACAUGGAAACGGUGGCCAUGAGUUGUGUGUGCCUGGCAUCGAAGAUCGAGGAGGCGCCACGACGCAUACGCGAUGUGAUUAAUGUCUUCCAUCACAUUAAGCAAGUGCGCGCUCAAAAGGAAAUCACAUCCAUGGUGCUAGACCAUUACUAUACCAAUCUAAAGACGCAAGUCAUUAAAGCAGAACGACGUGUGCUCAAAGAGUUGGGCUUCUGUGUGCAUGUGAAGCAUCCGCAUAAGCUGAUUGUCAUGUAUCUACAAGUGCUGCAGUAUGAGAAACACGAGAAGCUGAUGCAAAUGUCGUGGAACUUUAUGAACGAUUCGCUGCGCACGGAUGUCUUUAUGCGCUACACACCUGAGGCCAUUGCCUGUGCCUGCAUUUAUCUGAGCGCCCGUAAACUUAACAUCCCGCUGCCUCAUAGUCCACCGUGGUUUGGCAUCUUUCGUGUACCGAUGGCGAACAUCACAGACAUUUGUUAUCGCGUCAUGGAGCUGUAUACGCGUGCCAAGCCUGUGGUGGAGAAGCUCGAGGCUGCUGUGGAGGAGCUCAAGAAACGUUAUAUAGAUGCGCGCAACAAAACGAAGGAGGCCAACACGCCGCCAGCUGUCAUCACAGUGGAUCGCAAUAAUGGGUCGCACAAUGCCUGGGGCGGAUUCAUACAACGUGCCGUGCCGCUGCCCACCGAGAAGUCACCCAAAAAGGAUUCACGCUCGCGCUCACGAUCGCGUUCACGCACACAAUCGCGUACACCGCGCUCAAGAUCGCGCAGCCGUUCGCCGAGUCGCGAGCGACAGAAGAAAUCGCAUCGGGAGCGGGACAGGGAACGGGAGCGUGAACGAGAGCGUGAUCGAGACAGGGAGCGCGAUCAUCGCGAUCGUAGUCGCUCGUCGCGUUCGCGAUCACGUUCGCUGCCCAAGCACAAGAAGAAGUCACGGCAUUAUUCGCGUUCGCCAACGCGUUCCAGUUCGCCGCACAGUAAACAUCGCAAGCGCAAAUCGUCGAGAGAUCGCUCCGAUUACUAUGUGAAGAAGGAGCGGUCCAGCAACACGGGCAGCAACAAUAUCAGCGAUGGCGACAAGUAUCGUAACUCUGGCUCCAAUUCCGGCAAGUCACACAAUCGCUACUCCUCGCAUCGCAGCAGCGGUGGAGGUGGAGGAGGCGGUGGUGGUGCAGGAGCAGGUGGUGGUGGUGGUGGCGGUGGUAUUGGCAACAAUCGUGGCGUGCACAAGCAUCGCGAGCGUGAACGCUCCAGAGAUAGAAAGCGUUGAUUAACACUUCUAUUUUUUUUUAUUUCUUUGACAGCAUAUGUAUAAUUUAGUUGAUUCAUAUUGCGCUUUAAGUUAUAAAUUCCACUUUUAAGUUAAAACGUCAUUGUAAAAACAGAGAAACCACAAAACAAAAAAUAAGGAAAUAAACGAAACUAAUAAACAAACUGAAAUGAA